GAUGGAUAAGUGAACUGAUACACAGAGAGCUGCAAAACGACAUUGCUGGGAGCAGGGGCAAGAGAAAGGUGCUACAAUGAUUUGUCUCCUCCUUUGGUUUUUGAGCUUCCCGGUCCUUUCCCGACUGGAACCCAAGUCUUCUACAGAAGAUGAUACUAUAGUAGUCACCCGCAGUGGCUCUGUCCGGGGAAAGUAUCUUCCAGCUGGCUCAAGAACAGUCACAGCCUAUCUGGGCAUCCCCUAUGCAGAGCCCCCUUCAGGCAAAUUGCGUUUCCAGAAGCCUGUGCCCCGUAAGUCAUGGAGCCACAUCCUGGAAGCCACCAGCUUUGGCAAUUCAUGUCACCAAAUAGUUCUUUCUAACUUUCCUGAUGCUGAAAUUUGGACCGCCAACACACCCCGUUCAGAGGACUGUCUUUUCCUCAAUGUCUGGGUGCCCCAUCCUCGGCCCUCCACACCAGCUGCUGUCCUUGUCUGGAUCCAUGGUGGGGGAUUUUCUGCUGGCACAACUUCCUUGGUUGCAUAUAAUGGAGCAUUCUUAGCUGCCACUGAGAAUGUUAUUGUGGUCUCCAUGAACUACCGUCUGGGGGCUCUAGGCUUCCUUUCAUUGCCACCAGCCGCCCCAGGAAACGUGGGCCUGUGGGACCAACAGUUAGCCCUAAGAUGGGUGAGGGAGAAUGCAGCCGCCUUUGGAGGAGACCCAACUCGGAUAACUAUUUCCGGCCAGAGUGCUGGAGGAGCAGCUGCCGGCUACCACCUCCUCUCACCAGGGAGCCAGCCUCUUUUUGAUCGUGCUGUGUUGCAGAGUGGGACAGCCAUUGCUCCCUGGGCUUGGGUGAGUCCUGAGGAAGCAAAGAAGAGAGCCCUGGCCCUGGCCCAGCAAAUGGGCUGUGCAGGAGAUGAGGACACUGCCAUAGUGAGUUGCUUGCAGGGAAAAGAAGCGGAAGAAUUUCAGAAGGUUGUGGAUCCCAAGGCCAUUUUGAGUCCUCCCUUCAUACCAACAACAGAUGGAGAGUUCCUUCCAGAUGAUCCACAGGCACUUCUGGAGUCUAAGCACUUUCAUUCUAAACCUAUUAUGAUUGGUGCUACCUCUGAUGAUGGGUCCAUCUUUGUCUUCUAUGCUGGUUCUUUCUUACAUACGUCCAACGACAGCCUUUUGACCUGGGAGCAGCUCUUGGAGGGGCUUAAGUUGUAUAUACCCAAUGCAACAGAUGACUUCAUCCAAGCUAUUGCUGCGAGGUACAGCAAAGAGGAACCUGAGGGCCCAGCCCGGUAUCGUUCUGCCAUGUCCCAAGCCUGUGGAGAUUACAUGUUUGUAUGUCCAGAAAAUGAAGUUGCCACAAAGAUCACAAAGAGCGGAAGCCCUGUGUAUGCAUAUACUUUCACCCAUCGCAGCAUUGGAUCAGUAUGGCCUGAAUGGUUGGGAUCAAUGCAUGGAUCUGAGAUCCCAUAUCUUUUUGGAACCCUGACACUGUUAAUGGGAACCAAUGAAACUCAUACAGGGGCAGAGUUAGCACUAAUCCCCCGAGUGAUGCGGUACUGGGCGGAGUUUGCCAGAAGCGGCAAUCCCACUGCCUCAGAUGUCAGUGAGACAAAAUGGCCUCUCUACAACCCUACAGAGCAGAACUUCUUUCGCAUAAGCACGGAACCACCUCAGGUCAUGAAGCCAUCCCCUGCGCGCCACUGUGGUUUCUGGAAGGCGCUCUUAUCAGAGGCAUCAAAACCAAAUCAGCUUCCAAAAGAUUCUGUUCUCUCCAGUCCAGAAGACAAUAGGAAGCGAGAACUGUGAUUUGAGCAUUUACAUGAGGAUGGAGAAAAAGAAUUAUAUGAACUUGGGAGGAAGAAGUCUGAAGAGUGGACAACAGAAGAAAUUUUAGUUUACACCUUUGUUCUUUUCUUUUCGAUUCAGAGUGGAUUAU